GAUACAUAUCCACACUUGAAAUUUUCAAUUGCGAAUCGAGUAUUUAAGCCAGAUUCGCCGGAAAAAUAUUUUCCUUGCAACCGUAGUAUUUUCCAUCUGUUCGUGUCACGUGACCUUUUAAAUUGGCCUCUACGCCAAUCGUAGCGCUCGCUGUUACGACCGCGGACCGCCAAGCUUGCCGCUUGUCGUCGCCGACGACUAUCCCGAUCCCGCUUCUGCAGCGUGCGUUCAGUGUUUAUGGUGACUACAUUUAUUGAUGCCCCCUGCGUUGUUCGAUUCCUAAAAGAUCUGAAAUGUCGCAAGGCAACACAGUCAACUUGGUCAUCCACGAUGCCAAUGGCCAGCCCCAGUUCAUUAAAGUUGUUCAGCAAUCGACCAGCACUCCGUCAAAGCCAAAUUUGGUCUCUGUCGGGUCGCCAAUAACAGGACAGUUCAGAACUGUCGUGAAACCGCUGCAAGAGUCGCCACAAUCGUCUAUGGUCUUGUCUACCGGUCAAGUUUUAAAAACGAUCGGUACAAAGAAUGUCGCAGGACAGAGGGCCCAGAUUCUGACCAUUCCGAUCCAGCAGGCCGGCCUCUCAGGAACACCGACAAAGUUGCUCCUGAGCACUCCUCAAAAGCUUACUUCGGGCUCUUCUCCAGGCGAGACGAUUCUUCUGCCGAAAAAUGCAAAAAUCGUAUCUGCGUCUCCCGCAAACAUCAGAACCGCCGCAGCUGUGCUCAAAGCCGAGCCUUCGAGGGCCAUCACCCAAAACACUCUGCAGCUGGACGGGGCGAAUGUGCACAUCGUCGGAAGCAAAGUGUCACCCCCCAGCAAUGGUUCGCAAAAGACGUUCAUUUCACCCAUUCUGGACCACUCGAGGAAGCGACAACAGGCUGAAGCUGACUAUUCCGCUGAAUAUUGGGGUGGUCCUGGUGCUAGCAAGAGUACGAACAUUCCCGCUUCACAUGGUGGCAAACGCCGCAAGUCCGAAAAGGGCGGCAAAGGCUUGAGGCACUUCUCAAAGAAGGUGUGUGAAAAGGUGCGGAGGAAAGGCACCACAAGCUACAAUGAAGUGGCGGACGAGUUAGUGGCAGAGUUCACCAACCCCGCCAACUGCUUCAACUCUGCUGAUCAGUACGACCAAAAGAACAUACGCAGGCGUGUGUAUGACGCUUUGAACGUCCUGAUGGCCAUGAACAUAAUCUCCAAAGAGAAAAAAGAAAUUCGGUGGUUAGGCCUGCCGACCAAUUCCCAGCAGGAAUGCAUUGCCUUGGAGAAGGAUAAAAUCCGCCGCGCAACCGCCAUCAAACAAAAGAUGAAGCAGUUGGGAGAUCUCAUUCUUCAACAAAUAGCCUUCAAAAAUCUGGUGGAGCGUAAUCGUAAAAACGAGGCCUCCAAUGGGCCGCCUAGUGCAAAUUCUAGCAUCCAGCUGCCGUUCAUUCUUGUUCACACAGGAAAAGACACAACAGUUGAUUGCAGCAUUUCUAGUGAUAAGCGCGAAUACAUUUUCAACUUUGACAACAAGUUUGAAAUUCAUGAUGAUAUGGAAGUGCUAAAACGCAUGGGACUAGCUCUGGGCCUUGAAAAGGCUGAGUGUUCCGAAGAAGACCUGGUCAGGGCUCGUUCACUUGUGCCUUCUUCGCUCGAGUCAUAUGUCACACAACUCGCGAUGGGCUCAUUACAGCCGGACUUCCCUGUCGACGUGAAGCCUGGUCCAAGUCUCGCAAGGAGAAGAGCUCUUGGAGACAUGACGGCAGGAGAUGAUGACGCUGAGGAUCCCCUCGGCGACAUCUCUGGAUUCUCUCAGGGCGAACUAGACGCCACCGGACAAGAUACUGGGUCUCCUACGUUCAACUUCUCAGACGGAGAGGUUGACUCAGACAGCGACCUAGAUGUUUGAGCAUGCCAUCUACUUCAUUUUGGUUUUCGUGUGUUUUUGCUCGUCUCGAUAGAGGAUUUUUAAUUUAACGGGAGCGUCAUCUGCCUUGUCUCUGUUCCAAGUUAUUAGAUGACUUGUUUUUAUGAAAACAAAAAUGGGCAGAAUCGUCGCCUGUGUUUUAUUUUAACCAGUUUAUCUGCGUAAAAAGCAGAUCUUGAAAGGUCAGACUGAGGAAGUAACGGAACCUGACAAAUGUACAGAUGAUACUUACUUUGGUUUCUGAAUUAUAACAUUUUACAGUUGUGCCCACAAGUACAAGGUUCAAACAUUUAUUUUCAAACGUAUAUUGUUUAAGUGCACUGUAAUCAUAACAAUGAACGGAAGGUUUUGUAAAGAUGUUAAUUCAACUUGGCCAUGACUUUUCGCAGAACAGUCUGGCUGACUCGCGAAAUCUUAGUCUGGUAGUGUAUAAAAAUAAUGUCUAUCGGUAAAUAAAUAAAAUUUUACAGCAUA